UAGGUUACAGAGCAACGAAUUUGUCUUCAGCUGAUUACGCCUUCUUUUCGUACGCCUUCUCGUGCCAUUUACGUAUAAGAGCGAAUACGGAUUCUUUCAUGGAAUGUGCUGUCUCGUCUUCGCUUCUCCCGUUCUCCGUGCUUCGCGUCGUCACUUGGUCAGUCUCUUUCGCCGAUCCACCAAAACCCUAAUGGCUUCCCGCCUCCUCCACCUCCGCCGCCUCUUACCAGCCGCGCGCCCGUCCGCCGCCGUCGCGUUCUCCACAGCCUCCACUCCGAGCUCGCGGGUGUCCGGUAUCGUAGAUGAGAUCUGCGGCCUCAACCUCUUGGAGGCCUCCUCCCUCGCCGACGCCCUGCGGGGCCGCCUCGGUGUGGACCAGCUCCCUCCCCUAGCUAUCCUCAUGGGUGGAGCAGCCCCGCUAGGAGAAGGAGGCGCCACUGGUGUGGCCGGUGAGGAGGCAAAGCCGAAGGAGGAAAAGAUGGCAUUCGACGUGAAGCUGGAGGGGUUCGACGCGGCGGCGAAGCUUAAGAUUAUCAAGGAGUUGAGGGCCUUCACGAGUUUGGGUCUGAAGGAAGCCAAGGAGCUCGUGGAGAAGGCACCGACCGUGCUGAAGUCCGGGGUGCCGAAGGAGGAGGCGGAGGGCAUCGCUGAGAAGAUGCGGGCACUCGGCGCCAAGAUUGUUCUCGAGUGAGAGAACCAGAGCUCUGUAUGGCUUUGUUUAUUUGUUUAUUUCUGCUUCUUGUAUCUUGUAUGAAGAAAAGAGGAAAAAAAAUGGAAACUAGGAAUAAAUAAUUAAUCGAACUAACUCUGGAUAUCACCUUUUUGGUAGUGAAAUUGUCAGUUGGGCUUUGGAAAAUAUGAUCUUAGAUCUAGCGAUAGAGCUUUUGGUUUCAGUUUGACUUUAUGAGAAAGAGAUGGUUUAUUACUUGGAACAGAGCAAUUAGUUUGUGAACAUUGAGUUUCUAUCUUACUGAUAGUAAUGAUGUGUUUCUUAUCA